UUUGGGAGUGCUCGAAGCCAACAUCAUCCCAUUUAACGUAGUGAGUUUACUUAGAUUAGAGUGAAAGUCUCUCUCUUCAUCGUCUUCCCUUACUUCUUCUUCGUUUUCUUGUCGUGUAGCCCACAAAAUUCAAGAUUGCUUAAGAGUUCGUCUAUCGCACUCUCCGUUUUUCCCUCUCCUUCUCUUCAUCCAUUGUCCUACAUUUUUCAUCUUUCCUGGGCUAAAUUUAUAUACCAAAAAAAGAAAACACGAGACAAAGAAUUAUUAUACUAUAAAACAAAAAUGAUAGAGAAACGGCUAUUUUUUACUGUUACUGUGAGAAUCUGAAGCUCCCGCAACGGGCGGGCCCCCCACAAACUAAUCUUGUUUUUGGUCGUUUGAUGAUUGUGAAAGUCUGGUUUAAUCGGGCUGGCUUUUGAUCCGUGUCUGUGAUGACUUACAUUGCCAGCGAUGAGGAUCUUAAGUUGGAGAGGGAUUACGUGAAAUUAGAAGGCGGCGACGGUGGUGAUGGGUAUGGUGGGGCCCUAUGCCAGUCGGAAACGUCGCCUUCUUGUAGAGGUACCGGAGACGGAGGGUGGUGGUCGUUGUGGUGGUGGACGAAGCUGGUACUUGGGGUGGUAGUCGCUGGCAUUCUGGUUGCCGUGAUCUUCAAAUGGGUUGGACCUUUUGUCAUCGAUAAGGGAAUUGUCCCCAUAAUAAAUUGGGAGAUUGAAACAUUCAGCAGAACCAAGCUAGCUCUUAUAAUCUUUGGUUCUCUAACAAUAUUUCCAUCCUUCCUUUUACCUUCUUCACCAUCCAUGUGGGUAGCUGGAAUGACUUUUGGAUAUGUUUAUGGGUUUCUGCUGAUCAUAGGGGCAGUCAGCAUUGGUGUCUCUGUUCCAUAUUUCAUUGGUUCUCUUUUCUAUCACAGAAUUCAAGUGUGGUUAGAUAAAUAUCCAAAGAAAGCUUCAGUUAUAAGAUUAGCAGGUGAGGGAAGUUUGUUUAAUCAGUUCCGAGCUGUCGCAUUUAUUAGGAUUUCUCCUUUCCCAUACAUCAUCUACAACUACUGUGCGGUGGCUACGGAUGUGAAGUAUGGUCCUUACUUGUUGGGAACAUUGGUAGGAAUGGUACCAGAAAUAUUUGUUACGCUUUACACUGGCAUCUUCAUAAAAACUUUAGCUAAUGCUUCAUCUGGUCGCCACUCCAUGUCGGUUCCUGAGAUCAUUUUGAAUGUUGGUGGCUUUUGCCUUACUGCAGCAGCAACGGCAGUUGUCACAUUAUAUGCGAAAAAGCGGCUGAAGGAACUAAAGAUGAAAGAGAGGCUGGUUUUGCGGUGAUCUCUCAUUCCAUUACUACUGCUCUAUCAAGCUUUGGAUGGCAAUAAUACAAGACAAUUUGAGCAUAUAGCAUGAACUUAUGAAGAAUUUGAAUCCUCGGAUGAGUUUAGACGUCGGCUGCUCACGUUACAUUGAGGCUCAUCGAUGUGUUAUGGCUACACCAAAAGGAGGGAAAGGGAACGUGACCGCCAAUGGUACUAAAGUUGAAAGACAAACUAUUUAUAAUCACUAGUUUGAUGUUUUUUGCGCUUUCUUCUGCUUCCAAUGCUGAGCAUAUUUGUAUAUAAUUGCAGUUGCAGUUGCAGCUUUUAUGGUUAAAUUGUAGGGAGACUGCGGAUGGCUAAUUCUAUUUUAGAUUCUUGAGUGUAUAAAUUAGUUUCAAUUCUCUGAAAACACGGCGCAUUCGGUAUAAGUAAUUCUGAUUGUCAUAUAAUUUGAAUGUACUGAGAGUUCCUAGUAUGAUCCCUCCUUUGGCUUAAACAUUCAACAAUAUUCCAAAUUU